UUUUUGUGUACAAAUUUAUAUAUUUCUCUUCAUAUCGACGUAUUCGGCUUAAAACGAAAACUCUUAAGUUCUUUGCUGUGUUCUGAGAGGAGCUCGUCAACAUACGCUUAUUGUUCUUUGUCCGAUGCGUUAAAGUCGAAUUAGAAUCACAAUAAAAUCGACAAGAGUUAUAAUUUAAGUGCUUUGGGACAGUCAAUAUAAAUAAACAAACAGUGCGGUAAAUAAACAAAACAAAUAAAAAAUCUGAGAGUGCAGUGUGUCAAUGCUUAUUAAUUAUAUUGUAGAUCAUUUGAGAGUCCGAUCUUGUUAGAUAACAGCAGCGGUCAAAACAAUUGUUGAUAAAGUGCUAGGUGAUAAAUAAGCGCAUAAAAGGAACAAAGCACGAAAAUGAUAUAAAACUGUGACGAUAGUCGAUGGUGAAUUUAAUAAAAAAAGAAAAAAAAAUCUGUUGUGAGAACACAUAGCAUAAUAAAGUCCGACUUAAUUACAACCAAAGAUGAUGGCCUUCAGGAAGAUGUUUAACAUCCGACCAAACACAGCAGCAGCAUCAUCAUCAUCAUCCACUCUUGCCAUCAUUUUCAUUUUAAACCACUUCUUCGGAUAUUGUACACCGCAACUGUAUGAGGGUAGUGAAUGUGAAUUAAAGGAUGGUUCGUUGGCAGUAUGUAAAUCAUUUGUUCUAUGCCAAUGGGCAAUACAAGGAUUAAAUCAAAGAGUGCUCUCGUACAGUGACAUAAAUCGUUGUUCUUUCGAGGGAGCCAAUGAAAUAAUAUGUUGCGCCGAUGAGAGACCGACACCGAGGCCGGACAAAAACACUUUUCCAAUUGAUACCAGCGAGGAUGGGAUUUAUUUUGAUGAUGGGAAACUUUCAUUAAUCAAUUAUCAUUCACCGCAAUCCACCAGUACUGUUCAUAACUUGUUUAGUCGUCCAAUCAAUAACAAUAUAGAGAAUCCGCUUACAACAACGCAUCGGUCGGUAAGAAUAAGCACCACGCAACGAGCACAAGUGACUGCGACGACUAAACGAGUUACAUCGUCGUCAACACUCCGAAUCACUACUACACCUCGGCCGAUAAUAACUUCAACCACUAAACGGGUAACAUCGUCGCCAUGGUCUCAAAUUACCACCACGUUUCGGCCGCUAAUAACUUCAAACACUAAGCGCAUCACCGCUACAUCAACACAACGACCUCAAACGACCAGAUCAGCAAUUCAGGUUACAACCGUAGCAACAAUUUCUGUUGGUCCAUCGUCUCGAUCCGUAACGAAGCCAACAAUUAACUCCUUUUGGAGCCAAUGGUCCCCAACGAAUGAUGUUGAAAUGCUUCCCAUUCCUACCACGAAACCAACAGCCGAAAGCUCACAGCUAAACAUGGCACCCUGGCUUCAAGACAUCUUAAACGAAGCGAUUGCCAGCAAUAAUGUCUCUACAACCACUCCACGCAGAUUCGACUCGUUGCGUGAAUUCAAUUUUGGUGAUGGUACUAAUAGCAUAGAUAGUCAAAGUAAUGGUGAAAGCAAUAAUGAUUUAUCGUUUAGUCGACCAAAAACGACUGAACCAAGUAACGUAACUCCUGGGCCAGGAACAACGCCGUCAAGACCACCAACAAGGCUAGGCCAGAGACGAAGCGAAAUUGCAUGCGAAAAUUAUACGUCGUUGAGCUCUCCCUUCAUAAACCAAAAUAUUUUGGGUGGUGUACCGACAUCACUUGGUGAAUUUCCUCACAUGGCCGCGCUGGGAUUCCCAUCGCAGGAAUUUGGCCGUUUCGAAUUUGACUUCAAUUGUGGAGGCUCCGUAAUUUCAGAGAAUUAUAUUUUGACAGCAGCGCACUGUGUUACAGACCGCAAUUUGCCAACCGUAGUCAAAACCGGAAAGAUUACACUAUUGACUAAUGAUGACGGCGUCCCAGGGGUCACUUCUACCAUAGCCGAAAUUAUAACACAUCCUGACUAUCGACCGAGUCGUCGCUACGACGACAUAGCAUUAAUUCGUGUGUCCAGUCCCAUUCCUUUCGGCGACAACAUUCGACCGGCAUGUCUGCGAAGUAACAUUUCUGACGUUGAACCAAAUGUUCAGCUGAUCGUGACGGGGUGGGGCAGAACGUCAAUCGAAAAAGCGGAACGAUCGAAUGCUCUUCUCAAAACAAAUCUGACAGGAGUUGCACUUGAAUCAUGCAAUGCUUCAUUGCUGGGAUAUAAUGCGAAUGACAGGAGUUUACGAAACGGCGUGAAUCUCGGUCAAAUUUGUGCCUACGAUCCUGAUGCCAGGCAAGAUUCAUGUGAAGGGGACUCUGGUGGUCCACUUCAAAUCUACAGUCCAAACGGAAUGUCUACUAUUGUCGGGGUCACCUCAUUUGGAAUAUCGUGUGGAUCGGCUUUGCCGAGUGUCUACGCACGCGUUGCAUUCUAUUUGGACUGGAUUGAAUCGAUUGUUUGGCCGAAUAGAUAACGAGAAUAAAAAUCUGAUUGCUGCACGCAUUUAAUGUGAUGGAAAUGUUUUAUUUUUAGUAUUUUGAUAUUAGACUUAAUGUGCCAGAUAUAUAAUUUUGUAUUUUUGAUUAAAAAAUUCGCAAAGAGAAGAUUGUCUUCAACGGA